CCCGCCCCUUCCGGCGCCUCUUGUGACGCCGCGCGCUGGGCUUUUGGCGCGGGAAAAGGGAGCCGCUCAGGUCUCUGCUCAGCGUCGCUGGAGUCAGGCUGAUUUCGCUGAGGUCACCGCCCGCUCCGCACCGCUGCGGGCCAUGGGGCUUCUGGAGCUGUGCGAGGAAGUGUUCGGCACCGCCGACCUUUACCAAGUGUUGGGCGUGCGGCGCGAGGCCUCAGACGGCGAGGUCCGACGCGGCUAUCACAAGGUGUCCCUGCAGGUGCACCCGGACCGGGUGGGCGAGGGCGACAAGGAGGACGCCACCCGCCGCUUCCAGAUCCUUGGGAAGGUCUAUUCCGUUCUGAGUGACAAAGAUCAGAGAGCAGUGUACGAUGAGCAGGGAACAGUGGACGAGGAUUCUGACGUGCUCAGCCAAGAUCGGGACUGGGAGGCCUAUUGGAGGUUACUGUUUAAAAAGAUAUCUCUAGAAGACAUUCAAGCUUUUGAGAAGACAUACAAAGGUUCUGAAGAAGAGCUGGCUGAUAUUAAACAGGCCUAUCUGGACUUCAAGGGUGACAUGGAUCAGAUCAUGGAGUCUGUGCUGUGUGUGCAGUACACAGAGGAACCCAGGAUAAGGAACAUUAUUCAACAAGCCAUUGAUGCCAGAGAGGUCCCGUCCUAUAAUGCCUUUGUCAAAGAAGCAAAGCAAAAGAUGAAUGCAAGGAAAAGGAGGGCUCAGGAAGAGGCUAAAGAAGCAGAAAUGAGCAGGAAGGAGUUGGGGCUUGAUGAAGGAGUGGAUAACUUGAAAGCGCUCAUUCAGAGCAGACAAAAGGAUCGGCAAAAGGAAAUGGACAAUUUUCUGGCUCAGAUGGAAGCAAAGUACUGCAAACCUUCCAAACGAGGAGGGAAAAAAACAACUCUCAAGAAAGAAAAGAAAUAAUGGAAUUUUCUCUUCAAAGGUCCUUAGGUGUUAAUUGAUGCCAUUGUAGGCAAGGUGCCUUCAAGAUUUGAAGACAAAAGUUAACCCUUGAGAAAAGUUGUCUUUCAAGCCUAAAUUAUUCAGAUCAACUAUGUAAACCAAACAGAAUCUCUCAACCCGAUCUUAGUAUAUCUUGGAAACACCCUGACAUUAUGUGAGGUCCUCCUAUGAAGGAAUUUGGUGGUGAUCAUUGAGGGAGCAGAAGGGUAUAUGCUUCCUGACAGCACUCUUCUAUGGGUCUUCUGUACAAGGAACUGUAUCUAGAAUGCAGAUCUAUCCCUACCACAUUUAGCAGUUGUCAUUUUGCCACACAGGAGUGAGCUGCAGGGUAUUCAGUGGUGUGUGUUUAUUAGAACAGGUACUCGACCUAGCCUCCAGCACACUUGCUGGACGUCUGUCUUCCAAAUACUUGCCAGUUUGCUUUCAGUCUUAAUGUUCUUGCAUAGACCCUCUCCUUUUUGUUUUACUCAACUAAGUUUUGCACUCUUUGCUUGAGGUUUAUAGGAGAAACAGGUGUUCAGAUAACUUCAAGCAUCUUUGUAAGAAUUAUACAUGAUUAAAUAAACAAGUAGAAAAAUGACUGUUAAGUUCCAGGGGCUUUUUAAAUGAUCCCAGUGUGAUCAUUUAAAAGAUGAUCUAGAAAAAAUAUGAAUGGUGCUUAGGAUAAAGAAGAGAGAAGAAAAGUAGUCGUAGUCAGCAUUGUAGUAGAUAGCCUGGUUUAAGUUGCCUCAAGAGAUGUUGUAGUCCUGCCUGUAACUGCUGAAUGUCCUUAGGUCACUGAACUUGUCUGAACUUCUUUCCUCUAUAAAAGAGUAAGGGAGCUGGGCUAAAUGACCUGUUAGAGGCUCCUAACUCUUAACUUUAACCUUGAAAGGCAAGCCAUCUUGAUCCAGUGGUUAUUAUGUACUCCUGGUAUUGAUUUGUGAGAAUAGUAUAGAGAUUUUCACUUACAUUUAGUUGAAUUGGUAUGAGUUCAUUAGAAUAUAUGGAAAUUUUUUAGGGACUGUUCAACUUAAAAUCUCUGAUUUGUAAGCUAAUAUAUUCAAUACCAUAUACAUAAAACAAGCCUUCUGUUACUGAGAUUUAUGUAUCAUAAUUUAUCUGAGGUUAAACCCAUGACACGUUUUCAGUUUGUGAUUAUAAACAGGUUAAAAAAUACUCUUCAGGGCUUCCCUGGUGGCGCAGUGGUUGAGAAUCUGCCUGCCAGUGCAGGGGACACGGGUUCGAGCCCUGGUCUGGGAAGAUCCCACAUGCCGCGGAGCAACUAGGCCCAUGAGCCACAAUUACUGAGCCUGCGCGUCUGGAGCCUGUGCUCCGCAACAAGAGAGGCCGCGAUAGUGAGAGGCCCGCACACCGCGAUGAAGAGUGGCUCCCACUUGCUGCAACUAGAGAAAGCCCUCACACAGAAACGAAGACCCAACACAGCCAUAAAUAAAUAAAUAAAUAACCCCCACCCAAAAAAAUACUCUUUAAUUGCAUUAAAAAUACAAUUUAAUGCAGGUUGUUUAAAGCGUCUGUCUUCAUAUGAUAGCAUUAGAUAACUGCGAAAUAAUAAAAUUACCCCAGUUGAAUUGAUCAACUCUGAAGAUUAAUAGUAAGAUCUAAAACCAGUAUGAUCAUCAAAAUUAAAAUUCAGUGAAAUUUAAAUAAAUUUAAGCCAUAGUUAAAAUCAUUGCUGCAUUCAUGAGUGCACUCAGGAAAGGUCCAUGUGAAAAUUGGAAGAAUGUCAAAGUUCUCUUCCUUUGCUCUUAGGAUAUGUUUAUACUGGACUAAUUUGCAGAGUUUCUGAAAUUUUAAGAAGUUGUGUCUUGCUGGCUCGCUAAUAGAAAUAUUCUAUAAAUUUUUAAAUUGCCUUUCUUAGAUCUGCAGGAGAAAAUCAGCAAGUUGAGUUUAAUAUUUGGAAAUAAAUACGACCACUAAAGUACUUUAAGAAGAAAAGAAGCAUAACCUGAUGUCAAGCAGGUGUUGUGAGGUUGAGUUGUCCUAUCUGAAAAAAGAAAUCCAUUAUGGUUUAUUACAUAGGUUACUUUACACCAGUGCUCAACAUUUAUGUCUUUAGUUACUCACCCCUGCCAUAUCUGUCUGCCUAUGGGAUUGGACAUCUAAAGAGAAAACUUUAGGAACGACUCAUCUGUUUGAUGAGUAGCUCAGAUUUUUGACAGCACUGUCUCCUAAAAAUGACGUAAAAGUGAGUACACCUGUCCAGAAAUUAACACAAGCAGAAGCAUUCUGAAGCCAGUGAUAAUGUUAUCAAAUAAUUUCCUACUUUUUGUGUAUGUAUAGUCUGGUAGAAUCCUGUAAUAACUGAACUGAUCAUUGUUAACAGACAACAUGAACAGUGAUUUGGAGGAUAUUACUCUUGUUACAUCUUUGGGUACAAAUUUUACUGUCCAGUGAAAUGGUUAACUUAUGCUGAAAGAAGACAGUAACUGGAGAUAGAAACAGUACCCAUGUAAUCUUUGGCUGAUACUGUUCUCAGUCUGUUGUACCAAAAUAACUCUUCAUGAAGAUAGUUUCAAGUUGUCUCCUGUUUACAAGCUGUGCAUCAUGAGAUGACUGAACACUGAUUUGUGAAAUCUUCCCACAUGUUCCCUGCAGCCUGAGGCAGGUUCUUCUCACUUGCCCUAUGGUCCCUGCCUGGUUCUAGUGAUUGGUCCACCUCUGUUUUGAGAUUUUGUAGAUCCAUGUAACUGAGGGCCUGUCAGACAAAGAUGACAUCAUAGAGUAACAUUAGUAGACAUUCUAGAUUUGAUCGUCUCAAGUUCAUAUGUACGGGCUUUUUUGCUCCAGUUAUCAGUUAGACUUUAAAUUUGGAGCCUGUGACUAAAUAGUAAAGUAUAUACUUACCAAGGCAAUAAAAAUCAUGUUUGCGUAUUUUAUAAUGUAAAAACAAAGAAAUAAAAUCUAUAUUAAGAUAUGAAAGCAGUAACCUAAUUUUAGAAAAUAGCCACUAAUUUAAAAGGACUAAAAUGUCUGUUUCACUUACCUAAAUAGUAUACUAGUUAUACUUGACCGGCAGCAUGGCCAAAUGUAAUAACUAGCUCAGAGGCAGCAGUGCUUCUCUGAGGACUGAUCCAAGAACCGAAUCCACUGAAAGCAUUCAAAGACUACCAGACGAUGCUACUAGGAACUGAACUAAAAGAAUUCGCUUGGAUUACAGAGAAGGUUUGAGGCAGAUUACUUUUUAAUGUACUUGCUGAUUAAUCUGAUUAUUAACAGGAAACAUUUCAACUGCCCAAUAGUUCUAAAUUUCACCUAUAACAUAAGGAGAAAAUGACCCUGAUGGUGAGACCAUUAUAGGAAGAAUUAAGACAUCCUUAAAUUUUCUCUCAUCACUCAUAUGAAAAUAGAAACUACAGAAUAUAACUUAGAAGACAAAAAAGUUAAUGGGAUAGAAUCAGACUCCUCGUGUCUUGACAUUGUGAAUUUCUUUUCUUACCUUGGCCUAGCAGCUUAACUGACCAGAGCAGUUUAAUCCAUAGCAAUAUGGGGUUUGCCAAGUAAUAAAAUCCAUGCAGUGUUUGAAUGUUACGAAAAUGACUUAUUUGGCUUAAAUUUUUUAGAUUAAAAAAAGUAGUUUUCCAGAAUGGCAAAAGGUUAAUUUUUAUAUGAGAAAACAAAUCUGGAACUUUCUGGCUUUGAGCAGUGGAGUUCUGUAAUUUUUUAUUAUAUCCCAUAUUCCAAAAUGAAUUUGAGGUAAUUUACAAAGAUGUAGGAAAACAAAAUAUAAUAAAAUCUGGAGGAAGGAAAAAUAAGCAUGGAAAAUAGCAGGGUCUUAACCACAUAAUAGUAAAAUAAAAGCCAUGGCCCGACCUGUUCGUGCAGAUCCCCUACCAGGUUGGACCUGAUGAGGAUACUCAGUAGCACAUGAACGACGAUACUGUGUGUCCGGCUGAAAAAGAGAGAAGAUGAGACACUUCUUACGAUGUGACUUCUCCCAGAGGAUAACGUGUUAACUUGGUUUACGAGGGAAAACCUUGAAGUUGGACAGCAGUGUAAUCGACAUCAUCUGACAUUCUGAGGGACAAGUUGGCUAAGUGUACUCUUACAUUCCAAGUAAGAAAAAUCUCAAGCCAGAAGCCCACAGAGCCAUUGUUAACUUGUAAAAAUUGCAAGUUCUACAACUUUAUUAAUAUGUUUUUAAGAAAAUCUUAGCAUUUAUAAAUAAUCCAUAUGGUUUAAUAUUUCUAAAUACUUAUAAUUGGCUGUCAAGGGAAUUUUUAUCUGAUUUCCAUUGCCUGCUGACUGUUUAAAACAACAGAACAGAACCUUUUCAGCAACACUGAAACACCCAUGACUUUACUUCCAUGCUUGAAAUGUGACUCUCAAUAUGGAACUCAGACAUUUCAAAAUUAUCUCAAGGGAUUUAAAGAUUUUAAGAUACAACUAAAAUACCUAAAUGCAGAUAUUAAAAAAAGCUAUCAAUACCAUCCCACUGGUACUUCUAGAAUAAAAAACGUCCCUCUCAGUUUCCUGUCAGCACUGGAAUUAAGAGAUUUGAGAUUUUUUUUUUUUUUCUUUCCUGAUGAAGCCCCAUGUUUUCUAUCAGGGAUCAGCAAACUUUUUUUUUUGUAGAGGGCAAGAUAAGGGUAAACGUUUUAUGUUUUGUGGUACAUACUGUCGUUGGAACGCCUCAGUUCUGCUGUUACAGUAGGAAAGCAGCCACAGACAGUGAAUGAGCGUGGUGGCUCUGCUCUAAGAAAACUUUAUUUACAAAAACAGGCAGUAAGCCGAACAGCCCAUGAACUAGGACAGAGGAAAGAAAAGAUUCUUCCCUAGGACCUGCAGAGGGAACAUGGCUCUGCUGACACUUUGAUUUUGGACUUAAUAGGCUCUGGAACUGAGAGAAUAAAUUUCUGUUGUUUUAAGCCACCCAGUUUGUGGUAAUUUGUUAUAGCAGCCCUAGGAAACUAGUACAAUGUCCCAUUCAUUUAUUACUCUCACCACUCUUCUAAUGGAGGAAGAAUCGUACAGUGCUUUAGGCUGAUACAAUUUAAGGGUUAUGAGUUGAGAUAAGUGUGUUGCAAAUACCACUGUCUUGAAAACUGGUAUAGGAUGUGGGUUCCUGGUGCCUGUUUCCUGGGCUGUAAGUGUGGCCCUAGUCACUUCCUAGGCUCUGCAAGCCCUCUUGCACAAAGCAAAUGAGGUGGGGCUGAGCUCCUGGCUUAAAAUUUUGGGCAAGGUCAGUGCAUGAUCUCCAAUCUCCCAAUCAGGUUUUUUUCUAUUACUUGUUUAAAAGUAAAAGGGCUAGUAAAUGUACAUUAAGUGGUAAGGCAUUGUCAGCAUUUCAAACACCAAUUAACUAAGAACCCCCAAAAGUCUUAACUCGUACAUCCACCAGUCCACAUACAUAAUCUGAUACCAUUUUUUUGUGUAAUUCCCUAAGAGCAGUGUUAGAGAAUGAAGUUAAUGCUAAUCUGAUACACACUGGGGUUUAACAUUUUGCUUAUUCUCAGAAAUAGCUAAACUUUAAAUUGCUUAGAAUUUGCAAUUUAUGUAUAAGUUAAGAGAAUGAGUGGCAGAGACCGGUUAGAGUUUCAACAAAAUAUACUUAAAACAUUAUUUUCAUUAGAACCUCAUCUUUUAUUCUUAGAGUUGAUUAAGCCACCAUGUAAAGCCUUAAGUCUGUCAAACUAUUUUUUUUCCCUUUCCUCAACUAUCAAGACCAUAGAGGAAGUAUUUCACUCUACCAAAAAUGACUGAGUUGUGUUAGGCCUGGAGAAAAAGUCUGGUAAAAGGAGCCUCUCGUGGGGCUGCUGAUGGUUAGGCUCAUCCACCGCUGCACUUUGAGCUCGAUUGGAAUCGCCAUGGGUUUUCUGCAGAAGAGACAAAAAUUACAGAAACAGUUAAUUUGUAGUGGGAGCUGUGCAUGUCCUAUAUCAGCCCUAACAGGUAUGGUAACUGCAGGCCAAGCAGCUCCAAUGCCAUUGUCAUAAGUCAGAAUCCAGUGUGUACUUUUGACAAAAUUUAGUGUUAAGUCAAGACCAGAGCACAGACCCUGCAGAAUUACUGACCCUGAGGUUUUAUAAGCACAUGGAAAGGCAAUAGGAAAGAGACAUACCAUUUGCCUUUGUGGCCCCACAGUGCUCAAGUGUUCCACUUCAGCUGUGCCAAUAGGUGGCAGCAGAUUGUUUCGACUCAGGGGCAGUGGUGAGGGAGAGGAGAGUGAGUCGGCUGCCACUGGGCUGCAGAUCCCAUCAGCAAAACCAAGACAUGAAAGCAUAAAGUUAUAACAAUAUAAGCAAACUGAUUAGAAUCAAAUAAACUGAGCAGAUGAGUUUAAUUUCAUGCACAGAAGGCUUUAAGCUGCCUGCAUUUUUAAGUGAAGAGAUCUCAAUGAAAGGAUUUUGGAGAAUUAAAGUUUUGGGUUUUCUUCAUAGUAUUUUCUUACUUAUUGUUGAAACUUCAUCCUGAGCACACAGCAGAAGUUGACCCUUUCUCCCACAGAGAACUGGAAUAAAACAAUUUUCCCUAUAUUGUGUUGUAUUUCUCUGACAGUUAUGGAUUUGUAAUUUCACAUCUGAUGGAACUCACAGUUCUGGGCUUUCUGGUUGUCCUUUUCACUAAAAACUAUAAUUUCCAGGUAAAGUUCCUAAACUUAUUUCCUUCCAUGGGAUUUGGAGCAGUUUGCAGUAUUACUCAUGCCCAAGAUAGUAACUAAAAGCUGAAUGAUACUUUUCAUGUCCCAGAAAGAAACAAAGCAACUUACUUUUCCACUUUGAAAAAAGCACUGUCAGAGGUAUGAGAGAUUAAUUAUACAUCAAGACCACUCAUACUCAAAUGAAUGUAUAGCUAUAUCAGUAUAAAUAUAGCUACAUCAACAUAGUAAAAUAGAGAGCAGCUGAGAACCCUGGUGUCCUAACAAAGAUUUUUGGUGGUUUGGGACACCUCUUUUAGUAAGUCUAUUGGGAGAAAUUGUAACAAGAAAUUGAAAAGUCAAAAUCAAGAAAUGUUGGGAGAGAAGUAUAGUGAUGUGCUUGAUUUAGAGGCUGAAUUCAAAACACAGUUAUGGCAUUGUCAUCUCACACCCUUGUUCAUAGUGUUAGAAAUUAACUACCCUAAGAUGUUUUGUAAGUCAACAACUAAUGAAAGAAUUUUAUGUUAAA